ACAGCAAGCGUAGUAGCAGAAGUUGUUGCGCCAACAACAACAACAACAACAACAACAACAACAACAGUAGAUGUAGUUACACCAAGAACUACGCCAAAAACAACGACAACAACAGCAACAGAAAUAGAUACACCAACAACAAGAAGAGCAAAAGCGCAUGCAGUUACAACAACUCCUACUGCAAUAACGGCACCCACACGCAUACCGCAAGCGAGCAGCGCUGCUGCUGACGCCGUUGUUGUUCCAUUUUUGCGUUCCGCUUCCAUGCGCUUGCGCAGCACAAAAGGCGCAGGCGACGCUUCUGCUGCCUCUGCUGCUGCCGGCGUAAGCCACAGUACGCGCGCUCAUCUCAACGGCAGCACAACAAGCGACGGGAGCAAAACGUUCUUCGGCGGAAAAAUUGCAAAAAUCGCGCAUUAUCGCAGCUGGAGCAAUUUGGGACAACGUAAAACAGCAAAAGCGAAAGGCGCGACAGCCACUUCCCUUCUGGACGAAGCAGAGUUUCAUGCACAAUGCCUGGCCCUAACCGAGCAGCCAACUGAGCUGCAAUUCCUCGCCGAUAUGGAAGCCAAGUCGCGUAAUAUGUCUUUAAAGCUGAACGGCGGCAGUGCUGAGACAGCAGGCAACGCAGCGGUCACGUCCACGUCAACGUCCACGCCAAAGACGCCGCAAACGCCGCUCAACGGAGCUCCGUCAGCCAAUCACAAUCAUUGCAGCCGCUCGGCCAAGAGCCUCAACAGAAAAUACGACACAUUGCCAGCAACUGCAACUGCAACUGCAACUGGAUCGGCGUCAACUGGAAAGCUCUCCACAGUUCACGAGACCAAGAUCUCGCCAAAGACUCCGCCAGUGACACCGGAUUCGCCUAGCACCUAUCUGGAUGAUGAUCUAGACUCGAUGUAUUCGUUUGCGACCACCACAUCGGGUCGCUCGACCAUGUCCUGCGAGCAUCCCUAUGUGGCCAGAAAUGGCACCACGUUCAGUGGACGCAAAAUGAAGUACGUGGUGCACUGUUCGAACUAUGCGGGCCAAGUGGGCGCUGAUUACCUGACGCCCACGCAGCGAGCGCAGCGUCAGAUACGCCGGCUCAAGGAGCUGUUGAGCAUAGCACGCCAGGAUCUGGAGGCGAAGGAUACGGAAAUCCUGCGCUUGACGCGCGAGGUGGUAGAGCUGCGCCUCUUCAAGGCAUCGCUCAGUUCGCCCGAGGAGCGUUCCGCCUCCUCGGAUGCGGUAACUGUGCGCGAAGCCGAGCUGAAGACAUCUCAGGACGUCUCGCCCAUUGUGGACAUGGUGGAUGAGGCCAAGUGCAGUCCACGUCAUCUGGCGCGCCAGCAUCAGCAGUUGCAAGCGAUGCAAAUGUCCGCUGAGAUGCAGAGCUCGUAUGCUGAUUCGGGGCACUUCGAGGAUCUGACCAUGUCGUCAGUGCACUCGAAGGAUUCGCAAACGCAGUGCGAUACGCCCGAUGAGACGGCGGCCGAGGCGGAGGCGGAAGCGGCGGCAGAGGCGGAGGCAGCGGCCAGCCACUUGGAGAACUAUGAACUGCAGCGGCAGGAGCUGAUACGCAUGUACGAGCACCGCAUCGAGGAGCUGAUACGCACCCAGGACGGUGCCACGAGCGACCUGAAGCGCUCACACAACGACAAGGUCGAGGCGCUGCUGCAGAAGCUGGCCGAAUGCAACACGCGGUACUCGGACAUUGUCCCGGACUACGAGCAUGCCAAGCAGCGCAUCCGCGAGCUGGAGAAGCAGCUCGAGGAUCUGCAGCGCAAGCUGAUCGAGCACGAGGAGAAGCAGAACAAAAUGUAUCUGCACAUGUAUCAGCAGGGACAGGAGGCGGAGCGCAUUUCGCGCGCCGAUCAGGCGAUGGAUCUGGCACAGCGGCAGCCCGAUAGCAAGGUGUCGAUUAACGAGCUGCUGCACCAGCUGCAGAGCACGCAGGAUGAGCUGGAGAAUAUACGCGCAUCAGAGUGUAGAAUGAGGGAAUGCGGCAGUAAUCAUGCUCUCCUUACGGCAAAGGAGGCCAUUUCAUUGUGGGUACUUGGCGCGCGUAAGACGAUCUAUCGGCGUCUGUUGGAGGCGCAAAAGAAUCGCACCCACGUCGAUCCGGAGGUAACGCUGCAAUUCCUGAAAAGCGCCAUUUUCUAUUUUCUAACGGACAAGGAAAACUCGCAGGGCCAUCUCCAGGCAAUUGAGAGCAUUUUGGAAUUUACCAAGGAGGAGAAAUUGAAGAUAAAUCAAGCGCGAUCGCCAAAAAUUCGCAAAAUAAUGUUUCAUUUUUUUAGUGCAGCUAAAUUCAUUGUUUUACUGCUUGGCUCUUCUUUGCGUCAAAAGACGCGCUUUUGA